CCUGUCACCCAGGGGGCCCGUGUCAACAGCAGAGGGAAGAAGAAGACAGAAGAGGAGGAAAUCAGAAAAUAACGUUGCUGCAGACAUGGACCUACGGUCUGAGUUGCUCAAGUCGAUCUGGUACGGAUUCACAGCCCUGGAUCUGGAGAAAAGUGGGAAAGUUUCCAAGUCUCAGUUGAAGGUUUUGUCCCACAACCUUUGUACCGUCCUGAGUAUCCCACAUGACCCAGUGGCUUUAGAGGAGCAUUUCAGAGAUGACGAUGAUGGCCCAGUUUCAAGUCAGGGUUACAUGCCUUACCUCAACAAAUACAUCCUGGAUAAGGUUGUGGAGGGGUCUUUCAUUAAGGAAAACGUGGAUGAGCUCUGCUGGACUCUUACGGCAAAGAAAAACUACCAGCCAGACAGAAGCAGCAGCUCUGUUCUGCCAGACAAGGAUUCUUUUCGACUGUGGUGCCUUUUUAAUUUUCUCUCUGAGGACAAGUACCCUUUGGUCAUGGUUCCUGAUGAGGUGGAAUACCUCCUCAAGAAGAUAUGCAUGGGCAUGAGCAUAGAGUUCAACUGUGUUGAAUUAGAGGACUUCUUCUCCCAGGACUCAGUCCAGCAGACCGGCAUCACUGUCUGGGUUUUUCUAGGGAUGAUGAACUCUGGAAAGAUGACCCGAGGAAUGGAUAAGAGCAUUAUAAGCAUGGCCAUAGAGGAAGUAUACAGGGAGAUAGUUGGUGAUGUUCUCAAAGAGGGUUAUCUGUGGAAAAAAGGCCAGCUGAGGAGAAACUGGAAAGAACGCUGGUUCACCUUGAGGCCCAGCAACUUGUCCUACUACACAGGAGAGGACCGCAAGGAUUGCCAAGGCAACAUAGUCCUUGAUGGGAACUGCUGCGUGGAGGUGCUGCCAGAUCGAGAUGGGAAGAGGUGUAUGUUUUGUCUGAAAACCCUCUCCAAGACUUAUGAGAUGAGCGCCUCAGACACCAAACAGAGACAGGAGUGGACCGCAGCCAUUCAAACUGCCAUCAGGCUGCAUGUGGAAGGGAAAACAUCUCUGCACAAAGAUCUCAAGUAUAAACGACGGGAACAGCGUGAGCAGCGGGAAAAAAGGCAACAGGCCAAAGAGGAGGAGCUGCAGAGGCUUCGAGCCUUGCAGGAAGAGCGGGAGCGCAAGUUAGCGGAGCUGGAGCUUCUGAAGGAGGCACAGAAACAGGCUCAGGUGCUCCUGGAACAGGACGAGCAGCGGAGGCGCCAGCAGCACGAACAGCUUCAGCGCGCCCUUGAAGUUCAGCUUCGUGAGGCUGAGGAAGCCCGGGUCAGCAUGCAGGCUGAGAUGGCUCUCAAGGAGGAAGAAGCAGAGAAGCAGAGGAAGAGGAUCCAAGAGUUGGAGGAGAUGCAGAAGCGUUUGGAGGAGGCGCUGCAGCAAGAGAUUAAAGCCAGAUUGGAUGAGGAAGCGUUCCGCUACGCUCAAGCAGGGUUACUGGCCGAGGAGGAGGAGAAAAUGAAGGCCCUGAUGAGCCUGCAAGAGGAGCAAGAGGAGUAUAUCUUGAAAACGCAAAGGGAGAAGCAGGAGCUGAAGCAAGAAAUGGAGCUCAAGUCUCGGUCUCUGGAUGAGGCACAGAGGCAAUUGGAGGAGGUCCGGGCCAACCGGCACAGGGUCGACCAGGAUGUGGUGGCUGCUCAAAGGAAGCUUCGCCAGGCGAGUACCAACGUCAAACACUGGAACGUCCAGAUGAACAGACUGAUGCGACCAAUCGGACCGGGCGAGAAAAGACCUUCUCUGGGAAGCUCUUUCGGAAGUUUCCAGAUCCCGACACAGAGAGACCCGGGGCUCCGUCUCAGAAGGAGAUCGGGAUCCGAAAAUCAGGAUGAGGAGAGCAAAGAAAAUGUGGACAACAGAGCUGGGGGCGACAUGGAGAAACGGCACUCAAAUGCCACUAACGGAGACAUGGACAUCCCUUAAAAGAUUGAUUUUCCCCCUGGUGAAGGUUUCUGGCAGGAAAGCCAAGAGACAGUUGUCUAAUAUGGGAACAUUAUUAAAGCAGUGGUGUGUCUGCCCUUUUAACUGAAUUUACAGAACUACAGUUUCUAUUAAAUAUUGAAUUUACUGACUUUAUAUCGACAACGAAGACGGUUUGACAUUUUAUUGAACCCUUGCAGUUUUCGCUGCUCAACUAAUGCUUUGACUGCAUCCUUUGUGAGCCCUUUUGCUAACAGAAACGAUACCUCAGUGCAACGAGAAGAACAAGAAAGUGCCAUGAAUACAAGGAUAGCCGUGACGUUGAAAAUGUAAUAUAUAGAAUCCAUAAAGGAAGCUCAUUGAUUAGCUGUGUAAUAUUGAAAGAUACUCAUAUUUUUAUGCACGCUGUUUCUGGAUUUGUUGCAGGUGACUUUUUGAUUCAGAGAGUUUAUGCAGUAUUAGUUAUUAGCACCAACGUCUUUUCAUGUCUUUGAUCAACAGGAAAGAGUGAGAGAGAGAGUGGGGAGGGGAGAGAACUUCCUGUUCCUGAUGUCAUAUAACAUGAUUGUAAAUAAAAAGUGAAUAUAUGCUUUAA